AUGUCUAGCACAACUUCUCCAGCUGAGCCGUGGUCCUUGAAGGGCAAAACUGCCAUCGUCACCGGAGGCUCCCGCGGAAUCGGCAGUGGAAUUGCCGUACACUUUGCCCGCAAGGGCGUGGAAAACCUCGCCAUCACGUACGUGGCAAACAAGGCCGCUGCCGAUAAUACUCUCGCACAAUGUCGCGAAUUGGGUGUCAGAAAUGCUGUUGCAAUCAAAGCGGAUUCAACCGAUCCCACAAUCGCUCCAAAGAUCAUUAAGGAUGCCUUGAACGGACUGAAAGUUACGACUAUUGAUAUUCUGGUCAACAAUGCGAUUCUCGCUGAUAUUACCCACACCUCAGACGUCAAGACGCUGCAGGCCAAGGACUUCAACGACAUCAUGGUCGCAAACGUCUACACCCCGGUCAGCCUGACAACGGCUUUCAUGGAGCAUGCGCCCAAGUACGGUGGUCGCGUCAUCAACAUCUCCAGUAUUGCCGGUAGAGUAGGCAAUCCGAGCCCGAUUAUGACGUACGGAGCCACGAAAGCCGCGCUCGAUAGCUUCACGAGGUCUUUUGCAGACACCUUUGCCGCAGAGAAGGGAAUGACUUUCAACAGCGUGGCGGUUGGGCCCACGGAGACCGAUGCGCUCGCUAAGGCGAGGGAACUGCAUGCGGAGUUCAUCGACAAGCAGAUCGAGUACAUGACUGUUGGUCCACGUCUUGGGAACACUGAUGAUAUCGCCUAUAUCGUGGGAUUUCUUGCGAGUGAAGAGGGACGUUGGGUCAACGGAGCUGCUGUCAGCGCAAACGGUGGACAUCGUCAAACCCUUGCUCAUUUUGGCUGA